AUGUCCAAAAUGAGAGCAGCGCGAUACCACGGCAAAAGGGACAUCCGCGUGGAGGAAGUUGCAAUACCCGAACCCGGACCUGGUGAAUCCCUGGUCGAAGUCGAAUGGUGCGGGAUCUGCGGCAGUGACCUUCACGAAUAUGUUGCCGGUCCUAUGGGCAUACCAUCUCCCGAACGUCCACAUGCCUUGACAGGCGCUGUGUUGCCGCUCACCCUUGGUCAUGAAUUCUGUGGUCGCAUCAAGAAUGCCCCAGAGGGCUCGAAAUGGAAGGAAGGACAGGCUGUCAUGGUUGACGCGCACAUCUUCUGCCGAAAGUGUCUUUCCUGCACUUCAGGGAACGACCACAUGUGUGAGAAGCUUGGCUUCAUCGGUAUCAGUGAUUCCAGGCGUGGCGGUGGUCUGUCCGAGUACGCUGUGGUUGAAGAUGACCACAUCUACGCUCUUCCCGACAACGUCAGCCUCGAGGAUGCCGCCAUUAUUGAACCUCUCGCUGUUGUCCAUCAUGCUGCUAAAAUGGUGAAUCACAGUCUCCAGGGUCUGGACGUGCUCAUUGUCGGAGGCGGACCGAUUGGUGUCGCGAUGAUUCCUGUGCUACGGGCUCAUGAUGUCAAAAACGUGUUCCUAAGUGAGCCCACGGCUACGCGCUGGCAACAUGCGAAGGGCUCGGUUGAGAGAGUGAUCGAUCCCAAGACCGAGAAUGUGGGGGCUGUCUGCAAAGAGUUGACGAGUGGAAAGGGCGUGGAUGUCGUCUUUGACUGUGCUGGAGUGCAACCUGGGCUACAAGCCGCUUUGGAUGCGCUCAGACACGGAGGCACGCUUGUCAAUGUCGCUGUUUGGGAACAACCUAUAUCAAUCCCGUUCUGGCAGUUCUUCCUCAAGGAGCUCAAAAUUGCGAGCUCUUGCUGUUACAACAUGCAGGACUUUGCGGAGGUUAUGGAUUUGAUGGCACAAGGUCGAUUCAAGGGAUACGAUAAGAUGGUGACGAGUCGGAUAUCGUUGGAGGAUGUUGUUAAAAAGGGGUUUGAGGAGCUAGUCAAUAACAGGGAUGAACACAUCAAGAUUAUGAUCUCGCCGAAGUUGAAGCAAGGUGAAUGA